AUGUCAGCUUUGAUUAUUGCCGCGUUUGCGGUGCUCUCUCUGCUCAUUGUCUCUUUUGCGUUGAUCAUUUCCCUCCACCUAUUACUCUCAUCCUCACAACAUUCCACCGUUCCCAAGCUUCGUCGCAGAGGCACCUCAACCCAUCUGCUGAUCGUGCUCGGCAGUGGCGGCCAUACAGCAGAAAUGCUAUCUAUGUUGCGCCGCAUACCACUAGACCCAAAUACCUACACUUUUCGGACAUACAUUGUGACCUCCGGCGACAGUUUCAGUGCCUCGAAGGCUGUGGAAUUCGAGGCUACUCUUCACGCGCAAUACAAAGAUUCGAAACAUGCACAAAAUCAAAACUAUGAGGUCAUCACAGUACCUCGUGCACGUCGAGUCCAUCAGUCCUAUCUUACAGCACCGUUCUCUACGGUCCAAUGUUUCUGGGCAUGCCUUCAAGUUCUUCGUGGCAGACACCCGGAUCAACAACGCAGCAAUCACAGCAUCAAAUCUCAAUAUCCUGAUCUGAUACUUACCAAUGGCCCUGCGACGGCGGUAUGCGUAGUGCUGGGGGCAAAGCUUCUAAGAUUCUGGAAUGCGCUUUUUGAACUGCUGCUGUUCAAGCCCGGUCAGACACCUAAAAACAAUCAGCCAUCUACGGCCGCACUCCGCACUAUUUUCAUUGAGUCCUGGGCCCGAGUCACAACACUCAGUUUAUCCGGGAAGAUUUUACUGCCCCUUGUAGAUCGGUUCUUGGUGCAGUGGCCGAAUCUUGAGGGGAAACAGGCAUGGAGAGGGAUGAGAAAGGCAGAAUACGUUGGUACCAUCAUUGAAUAA